ACCAAUUGAAACUUUCCGGUGCAACGGGAUUUCUCGUAUAAUUCCAGAAAAAAAUUAAACCAAAAGAAAAUAAAGAAAAAUAAUAUAUUAGAACAACCAAUUGGAGUGACGCUGGGGAGGAUCGGGCGAGAACGCCAGCUUAGCGCCACGCUUCCAGCAACUCACCCCGCCACAGCCAUAUAAAAUGAUUUGCCGACUUUGCCUGGAUGACGCGGUGCACAGCAUCCCGAUCUUCGACCAGGAGGAGGCCGACGACCAGCCGCCGCCCUCCAACCUGGCGGAACUGAUUGAGAAGCACUUGCAGUUGGUCCUGCAGCCGAACGACGCGGUGUCCAGAUGCCUGUGCACCCAGUGCUGGCAGCAAUUGGCCGACUUUGAGCAGUUCUGCACCAUGGUGAUGAAGAAGCAGCUGGGGCUUCAGCACCUCAAGCUGGAGCCCUUCUCCGACGACGACGGAGAGGCCGAGGACACGGAUACAAAGGCGCACAUCCUUUGCGAGCCGGAAAUCGAUGUGAGUCCCUCGGCGGCGGAAAACGAGGAGUACAACGAGAUCGAUGUGGACGCCACCUGCAAUAGUAUCAUCAGUGGACGGACGACAACGCGGCGAAAGGCACGGCUUCCGUCGCCCAUCAGACGCAGCAUGCGUCCUCGGGCAUUGCCAAAACCCAGGGUCGUGAAGACCAAGGCCAAGACGAAACACCAGCUAAACGAUGCGGACGAGGAUGAGGACGCGGAUGGCGACGGCGAUGGCGAGGGGGAUCCCGAGAGCCGGAGCAGCCACAGCCGCGAAAUGGACAGUUACAUAGCGGUGCACGGACGCCUGGAGUGCUGUCUGUGCGGCGGAGACGAGGACCAGUUUCAAAACUUUGCCGAGAUGAAACGGCACUUCCGCAACCAGCAUCAGUCCGCCGGCUACGUGGUGUGUUGCCAGCGGCGCUACAAGAAGCGCGCGCUCUACGUCGACCACCUGCGCAUGCACAACGAUCCGGACUACUUCAGGUGCAAGAUCUGCGCAAAGCAGCUGGUCAGCCGGAUCAGCUACGACGUGCACAUGCUACGCUUCCACUCCAACGAGGACGAGCUGAGCUUCGCCUGCGACCAGUGCUCCAAGCGGUUUUCCAAGCAGUUUCUGCUCACCAUUCACUCGCGGGUGCACCAGCAGGAGCGAAAGGAGCAGUGCAAGCACUGCGACAGAUCCUUCCGCACUGCCGUGGACCUGCGACUGCACAUGAGACGCACCCAUGAUCCCGCCUUCGUGCCCUUCAUCUGCGACUCGUGCGGCGCCAAGUUCAAGACGAAGCAGAACCUGCUGGUGCACAAGCGCACCGUGCACCGCGAGGGCUCCCAGCUGCCGGAGGUGCAGUGCCAGGAGUGCCAGGUGUGGCUGUCCGACGAGAACAGCCUGCGCAAGCACAUGUACAUGCAUCUGGACGCCACCUCGCUGCGCCAGUGGAAGUGCGAGCAGUGUGGCCUGGAGAAGGGCUCGCGGGCGAAGCUGGCGGCCCACAUCCGGUACCACCAUCCGAAGGAGUACCACAAGUGCUCGCACUGUGGCAAGGAGUUCAAGAGCAGCCGCGGUCUCGAGGAGCACACUGCAACGCAUACCGGCCAGGAUCUGUACGAGUGCGCCUUCUGCGAGCGCACCUUCAAAAAUUCUGGGAACAUGCACAAGCACCGUCGCCAGAUGCACGCCGCCCAGGUGGCCGCCCUGCAGCAGCAGAGGAAAGUGCGUCCCAGCAAGCGGAAGGACAAGGGCGAACUGAUGCUGGGCGUCCUGGCCGCGGGCGGCAAGGACAUGCUUGACCCUGCAAUGGGCGCCAACGACCUAAACCUGAAUAUGAACAUGAACGACUGAUCUAAUCCAAGCAGACAGGAAAUGGAAUAAACAUCAAUUAAAAGUUA